AUGCAGCAGGUAAUAGCAGAAGAGGUACUCAACCUCAAUAACAUCAACGUAGUUCCAUAUGUGACUGCGAAGGUAAUAUCUGAAAUGAUGGGUAAAAUGCCAAAAAUCCUAAAGACAAAAAGUAGUAAACAGCUACAACUAAAAUGGAAGACAAGAAAAGAGAAUCAGAUUAAAAGCAUGAGAGCUGAGCUGUCGAUACUAACAGACAUGGCACAGAAAGGUGAAACCCAAAAGAUCUCCAAGAAAAAACAACGAAUUAAAAGUAAAUACAAAAUAACAACAAACCAAGAACUGCAAACAGUAACAGGACACCUCAAAAUGAAAAUUGAAGCAAAACCCCAAAGAAUCAGGAGACAUGUAAAAAGAAGUAAACAAUUCAGUCAAAACCAGAUGUUUGCAAACAUAGAAAAAAGUUCGUCAGAAACCUUGGUAAAGAACAGAUGUCAGUUGAAAAACCACUUAAGAAAGAAGCAACAGAAACAUGUUGGUGUUCCAUCUUGA